AUUGUCUGACAAAUCUAGUAUCAAUAACUUGGAGAACAAGCUCAUUCGUGAUGCUCUCGCACCUAAAAAUUUAUAUGUAAUUUCUUCUCAACUCCUAAAACCCCCCACAACUCUUCGUCUUCUCAAAUUCAUCGAACUAGAACCCUUUUCUUUACCGAUCACUCCCAAAAACUCACUCUCUCGCUCUAAUGGACAUCGAUUUCAAAGAAUACCAAUUGCGCUGCCAACUCCGCGGCCACGAAGACGACGUUCGUGGGAUUUCUGUGUGUGGCAAUGCGGGUAUAGCCACCUCGUCGCGUGAUCGAACUGUUAGGUUCUGGUCCUUGGACCCUUCUGAUGAACGGAGGUACUCGGAGUCGAAGAUUCUGCUCGGCCACACCAGUUUUGUGGGCCCAGUGGUGUGGAUUUCACCCAAUGAGCAAUACCCUAAUGGUGGAAUUGUGUCCGGCGGGAUGGAUACAAUGGUGCUGGUGUGGGAUUUGAGGACUGGGGAGAAGGUGCAAAAUCUUAAGGGCCAUCAGUUGCAGGUCACAGGCAUCGCUUUGGAUAAUGGGGACAUUGUCUCAUCUUCUGUUGACUCUACUUUAAGGCGAUGGAGGAAUGGGCAGUUGGUAGAGUCUUGGGAGGCUCAUAAGGCAGCCAUCCAAGCAGUUAUAAAGCUUCCUUCGGGCGAGCUUGUCACAGGUUCAAGUGAUACUACUUUAAAACUUUGGAGGGGAAGUACAUGCACUCACACUUUUGUUGGGCAUUCAGACACUGUAAGAGGCUUGGCAGUGAUGUCCGAAUUGGGAAUUCUUUCUGCUUCACAUGAUGGUUCCAUCAGGUUAUGGGCUCUAACUGGUGAAGUUUUAAUGGAGAUGGUUGGUCAUACUUCAAUUGUCUAUUCUGUUGAUUCACAUGUGUCUGGACUAAUAGUCAGUAGCAGCGAAGAUUGUUUUGCAAAGAUAUGGAAGGAUGGAGUUUGCAUGCAGAGCAUAGAGCAUCCUGGCUGUGUUUGGGAUGCAAAAUUCUUGGAAAAUGGGGAUAUUGUGACAGCAUGUUCUGAUGGAGUUGUACGCAUCUGGACCAUAAAUCAGGAUAAAAUUGCAGACGCCCUAGAAGUGGAGUCAUAUUUCUCCCAACUUUCUCAGCACAAAAUUAGCAGGAAGAGGGUCGGAGGAUUGAAACUGGAAGAAUUACCUGGACUAGAAGCCUUACAGAUUCCAGGAACCAGUAAUGGCCAGACAAAAGUUAUCAGAGAGGGGGACAAUGGUGUGGCAUAUGCAUGGAAUAUGAGAGAACAGAAGUGGGAUAAGAUUGGCGAGGUUGUCGAUGGGCCAGAUGACGGCAUGAAGCGUCCUGUUCUUGAUGGAAACGAAUAUGAUUAUGUAUUUGAUGUCGACAUUGGAGAUGGAGAGCCUAUUCGUAAGCUGCCUUACAAUCGAUCAGAUAAUCCAUAUGAUACUGCUGACAAGUGGCUUCUGAGGGAGAACCUUCCUCUUUCCUACCGAGAACAAGUUGUUGCCUUCAUCCUCCAAAAUACCGGACAAAAUAAUUUCACCCUUGAUCCAUCAUUUCGUGAUCCCUACACUGGGUCAAGUGCUUAUGUACCUGGACAAUCUUCAAACAAGUCUGCUUCUGCAAAACCUACUUUCAAACAUAUUCCUAAGAAAGGAAUGCUCGUUUUUGACGUCGCCCAGUUUGAUGGGAUCCUAAAGAAGAUUACAGAGUUCAACAGUAAUUUACUCUCUGACCAGGACAAGAAGAACUCGUCUUUAAAUGAGGUUGAGAUUUCCAGGUUGGGUGCUAUAGUUAAAAUAUUGAAGGACACAUCACAUUAUCAUUCUAGUAAAUUUGCCGAAGUUGACAUUGCUUUGUUGCUGAGAUUGCUAAAAUCAUGGCCGGUUGCAAUGUUAUUUCCAGUUAUUGAUAUUUUGAGGAUGAUUGUUCUGCACCCUGAUGGGGCAACUCGGCUUCUCCAGCUACUUGAAGCUGAAAAUGAUUUACUAAUGGAGUUGAUCAGAAAAGUUGCAACAAAUCCGCCCCUUCCUGCUAAUCUCUUAACAAGUGUUCGUGCAGUGACCAAUCUUUUCAAGAAUUCAUGCUACUACAAUUGGUUACAAAAGCAUCGGACUGAGAUUCUAGAUGUGUAUUCAAGUUGUUAUUCAUCUCCAAAUAAGAAUUUGCAGUUAUCAUAUGCAACCUUGAUUCUCAAUUAUGCUGUUUUGUUAACCGAAAAGAAGGAUCAAGAAGGUCAAUCCCAGGUUCUUUCUUCAGCACUUCAGAUUGCAGAAGAAGAAAAUCUAGAUGCUGAUGCAAAAUUUCGGGCUUUAGUUGCCAUUGGAUCACUGAUGCUUGAGGGCUUUGUGAAAAAGAUAGCUAUUGACUUCGAUGUUGAAAACAUUGCUAAACUAGCAAAGGCUUCCAAAGAAACCAAGAUUGCUGAAGUUGGAGCGGACAUUGAACUUUUAACAAAAUAGAGCUCGCUCUCUGAAUCCUUGGAUUUGGAACCGGUGAUUUACCUGUCGAAGUGAUUCUCAAUAUUGGACUGCAGUAGCCGUGCAAUUUUGUGGAGACAUGCAAUUGCACAUGAUUCCAAAUAUAUGCAUCAUUUUGACGUGUGAAAAAGGAUACAAUGAUUCUGGUUCGAAAAUAGUAUCCAACGAUUGAGGAACACCCUGGUUGGGUGUUACGACGACAAGCUGUCAAACUUUUCUCGUACUUAUAACUGACUUUAAUCGCAGUGUAUGAAUGAGAAAUGUGUCACUACGGUGUCAAUUGUACCAUUCAAGAUUGUCGAUGGAAAUGCACUCGAAGCGAGUGAACCAUUUAUACAGUGCCUAAUUUUUCAUUACAGACAAUGGUUGGCAAUUCUUA